UUACGUGUCAGUCUGACAAAGUAGUGUCAAACGCUUGUGUCAGGUGUCAGCCUGUCAGCUGAUCAGCUGAUAUAUUCGGUGCUUUAUUUACUUGUGUGUUGUGUUUGCAAAUAUUGUCUUUUACGUUUACUUUUAAUUGUACGUGACAAAUUAUUAUUCUCUUUGAACCUUACAAUUUCAAGAGAGACAAAUAUCGCUUAUUGGUUCGAAUCGAAAACAUGACAAAUACAGAGAAUAAUGAUCCUUUUUACCAUUCUUUGAGCGGUGACAAGGAGAAGAUGGAAACUGUUGAACCUAUCAAAUAUAUUCUUCAAGUUCCUGGAAAGCAGAUAAGGGCCAAAUUAUCCCAGGCUUUCAACUACUGGUUAAAAAUAUCGCCCGACAGAGUAAAGCAAUCGAGGAAAAUAGUAAUUAUGCUCCACAAUGCAAGCCUUGUGUAAAAUGAUGAUAUUGAAGAUACCAUUUUGCGAAGAGGUAUUCCUGUUGCUCAUUCUGUUUAUGGAAUUGCUGGCUCGCUAAUGCUGCAAAUUAUGUAAUGUUUAUUCUUGGAAAAGAGUUGUUAAUUGCAACAUUCUGCAGCGACGAAAGUAUAUAUGGAACAAUUAUUGGAACUUCAUAGAGGUCAAGGUAUGGAAAUAUGGCGGGACAAUUUCAUUUGUCCAAGUGAGGCAGAUUACAAAACUAUGACAAUAAGAAAAACUGGUGGUCUCUUUAACAUGGCGGUAAGAUUAAUGAAAUUAUUCUCAGCUUACGAAGAAGACUUAUCGUCAUUAAUAGCUAUUUUGGGCUUGUACUUUCAAAUACGAGAUGAUUAUUGCAAUUUGUGCCUCAGUGAAUAUACCGAAAAUAAAAGUUACUGCGAGGAUUUGACUGAAGGAAAAUUCAGCUUUCCAAUUAUUCAUGCAAUUACAACCAAUCCUGGUGAUAGGCAAAUAAUAAAUAUUCUGAGACAACGAACGAAAGAUAUCGAAGUGAAACGUCAUUGUGUUAAAUUAUUGGAGAAAUUUGGCUCCUUCAAGUACACUAGAGAUGUGCUUGAAGAGUUGGAUGCAAAAACGAGAGCUGAGAUUGAUCGUUUAGGAGGCAACCCAUUGUUGAUAAAAAUCCUAGAUGAGCUUAAGAAUUGGGAUACCAAAGAAGCGCCUAAAGAUCUCUUAACUGGAACAUUUAAAUUUAAGAGAGAAAAAAGAUAUAUAUUAAAUUUAUAUUUUUCUUUAUUAUGUAAAACUGCAAGUUUCCAUAAUGUUACACAGAGUGAUCUGCUAUUAAUAGUAAAAGAGAGCAAAGGAUAGUUGUACAUGAAAAAUAUGAUGGAACAAUCGUAAAAGAUGUAUAAUAAAACUUCUUGAUAGGAAGUUUUUGAGGAGAAAAAAUGGCACGUUAAAAAGAUACUUGAGAAUGAAAAUGACAAUCGUAUCUUGCUUGCUCAUUUACAAAUAGCAUUAUAAUAUAAAUUUUUAUGUGAGACUAAAAAAUAUUUAUUACAUUUUAUAUUUAUUGAUAUAGAAAUUGUAAUCUAUUGUUAUUGCAUUAAAAACUAUGCUGUACAAAUGUUAUGAUCUCUCUUGUUAACAAUAAGUAUAUUUUAAAUCUUUGAUUCUUCAAACGUUGCCAUAUAUGUUCUUGUUUUUUAAAACUUACUUUAUCAUUCCUGGAUAUAAACUAUGAAUUCGAACAAAUCCUUUAAAUAAAAAUCAAGACAUGACAAAUUUAGUAAUUUGAUCCAACUUGUCAAGUUAGUACUGUAACCAAUCCAACACUUACAUUGCUCGUUUGAAAAACUUUAUUUUUCAAAUGUAAGUUCCACCGUGUUAAAAAUUUUUAAUAUUUUUAAUUAUGAGAAGUGUUUUCAAACUAGUAAUAAAUCAAUAGAUAAUAAGAAGAGAAAACACAAUUCUGAUGUUUAUAAAUAGGACGCUGAAUGAAUAGAAAAAUAUGGAAUUUUGCCUAAUAUAUGCAUGUAACUGAUGUUCAGUUUAUUUUUCUAAAAAAAAAAAAUAAUACAAAGCUUUUAUCUUCAACUCAUCUGUUCAUGUAAAACCAUCUUGCCAACUAAUACUAUUAAUAACAGAUUAGUACUGUGUUUAAUACUUCUACAUUACAAAUUACAACAGAACAAUUUUAUAAACAGGAUGAAAUAAUUUUUCUGUUUCUAUGUCAGGAAUGAAACUAUACAGUCUGUGAUAUUAAGAAUGAGAAUAUUUCUUUUUUUCUCUUACAUUUGAGUUUUAUGAGGUUUGGAGAUACUUUUAUAAAGUAUUUUAUUAGCAAUCGCGUAACGUGUAUACAAUAAUUUAAUAGCAUACUGAAUGAUCGCAUUAUCGAAGUUUUAUAUAAUUGUUUUGUACGUAUCAUGCUAUUACAAUAUACAUUUGUACCUGUUACAUUCUGAAAUACAUAGAAUCAUAGAAAAUCAUCAUCUAUAACUAACGAAUGUCUAUCUAAGAAAAAUAUUUGCGCAUUUUUGUCAUCUCUCCAAGCGCACAAUAUACAAUUCUUACUACAUCAUCAGCAUCAGUGUUUAGAUCUUUUUCGCAGAUUUGAAAAAUCAUUAAGUUCAGUAUGCUCUCUUUUUAUCCUUCAGAUUUAGACUAGAUCUCGCACACAAAAUCACUGUUCGUGUCAUUUAAUUCGCACAACUUUAGAAGGCAUUAUUUCGGCCUCGCUCAUCUUUAAUCAUCUUCGUUUCCUCGUUGCGAGCAGAAUCCUUUGCUCCUGAUUGACGCAGGAUCAGAUCGAAUCGGAGAUUUCUCAAGUCUAAGGACUAAGAUAACGUGGCGAUUUGACAUGUCCUCUGUUCAAGCUCGCUGUCCUCGUCAGUUUCGCUGGCCCAAGAGGGCCGUCGCUCGUGUCAUAUCUCGCCAUCGCUAUCCCCAGGACAGCGCCCUGUUCCUGACACGCCGUCAUCGAGGACCUCCGUCACCUCGCGAAGCAGACAAUGAUUGAUAGAUAUAAUCGCAACAAACAAAAUGUAUUCAUCGAACUCAACAGCGGACGCAGGGAUCUUGAAGAUACUUACUAGGACUUCCUCGAAGCGAUCGUAAUUGUCCUGUCUGGAGUUCAAGAGACUCUCGCCUACGGAAUCGGACCCGGCGUUCGAUUGGCAAGGAUCUCGUCGUCCUAGUGCGCUCGAUGCAAUAUGCAGCAAGGACAAUACCGCCAACAGACCGGCUGCGAACCAUAUGCAUAUAUGUAUCAGGAAAUUCGCACAGGGGACAACGAGGAAUAGCUGAAGGAGUUUGCGUCCUCUUACCCGCAACGUAGGAGAGCCAAAGUCUAUUGGGUCGCCAUACUAGGACGCAGGACAACGGACGGAACAGCAAGACGAGUUCUUCAUCGACUCAACCUCGUGGAGACUUUCGUCGCUCAUUACAAGAUUACUGAAUUAAAUCCUGAUUGUACAUAAAAAAGAGGAACUUUUCACUUCAAAAAACUUUUCAAUAUUUUAUAACUGCAACAAGUUUUACAAUACAUUCUCUUAAUUGUG